UCCAUCGGAUCCACGAUGACAGCACCGGCGGUAGGGAUUGACCUGGGGACCACCUAUUCGUGCGUUGGCGUGUUUCUCAGUGGAAAGGUCGAGAUCAUUGCCAACGACCAAGGAAAUCGGACUACGCCGAGCUACGUGGCGUUCAACGACGCGGAGAGGUUAAUCGGCGAUGCGGCCAAGAACCAAGUAGCUAUGAAUCCCACGAACACGAUCUUUGACGCGAAGAGGCUGAUUGGCAGACGUUAUGACGAUCCAUCAGUGCAAGCUGACAUGAAACAGUGGCCGUUCGCCGUGGUUAACGACGGAGGAAAACCGAAAAUCCGAGUCCGAUACAAGAACGAGGCGAAGUCCUUCUUUCCCGAGGAGAUCUCGUCGAUGGUCCUGACGAAGAUGAAGGAAACGGCGGAAGCUUAUUUGGGGAAGUCCGUCACGAACGCGGUGAUUACGGUACCGGCGUACUUCAACGAUUCCCAGCGGCAGGCGACCAAGGACGCCGGUACUAUCUCCGGCUUGAAUGUCCUGAGGAUCAUUAACGAGCCGACUGCCGCAGCUAUUGCUUACGGCCUCGACAAAAAGGGACGCGGUGAAAGGAACGUUCUGAUCUUCGAUCUCGGCGGCGGCACUUUCGACGUAUCGAUACUCACUAUCAACGACGGCAUAUUCGAAGUAAAAGCGACAGCCGGUGACACUCAUCUUGGUGGCGAAGACUUCGACAGUCGCAUGGUGAUACACUUCGCGCAAGAGUUCUCGAGGAAGUUCAAGAAGGACCUGACGACGAACAAACGGGCGAUCCGUCGAUUGAGAACAGCGUGCGAGCGUGCCAAGAGAACCCUGUCUUCGUCGACUCAGGCCAACAUCGAAAUCGAUUCCCUGCUCGAUGGCAUCGACUUUUACACGUCUAUCACGCGCGCCCGUUUCGAGGAGCUCAACCAAGAUCUCUUCAACAGUACGUUACAGCCGGUCGAGGAAGCCUUGCGCGACGCCAAGAUGGACAAAUCACAGAUUCACGACAUCGUCCUCGUCGGUGGCUCUACUAGAAUCCCACGAAUCCAGAGGCUUCUUCAGGAUCUUUUCAGCGGAAAGGACCUUAACAAAUCGAUAAACGCGGACGAGGCCGUGGCGUACGGGGCGGCCGUGCAGGCGGCCAUAUUGCAGGGCGACAAGUCCGAGACCGUACAGGAUCUACUGUUGCUGGACGUGACUCCGCUGUCCCUCGGGAUAGAGACCGCCGGCGGCGUGAUGACCGCCCUCAUCAAACGCAACACCACGAUCCCGACCAAGCAGACGCAAACUUUCACUACCUAUUCGGACAAUCAGCCGAGCGUUCUGAUCCAGGUUUACGAGGGGGAAAGAGCGAUGACCAAGGACAACAACCUCCUGGGAAAAUUCGAGCUUACUGGGAUUCCACCGGCUCAUCGAGGCAUACCGCAGAUCGAAGUGACCUUCGACGUCGACGCGAAUGGUAUCUUGAACGUGUCCGCCGUGGAGAAGUCGACGCACAAGGAGAACAAGAUAACGAUAACCAACGACAAGGGACGGCUCACUAAGGAGGACAUAGAACGAAUGGUGAACGAAGCGGAAAGAUACCAUGCGGAGGACGAGUCGCAGAAGGAGAGGAUCACAGCGAAGAACAACCUCGAGUCGUAUUGCUUCAACAUGAAGAAUACCAUCGAGGACGGGAAAGUGAAGGAAAAGAUCGCGGAAGGAGACCGGAAACGCAUAGCCGACAAGUGCAACGAAGUUAUCAAGUGGCUCGAUACCAAUAACUCUCCCACUAAGGAGCAGUUUGAGCAUAAGCUGAGAGACGCUGAAAAAAUUUGCAAACCCAUCAUUACGAAAUUUUAUAGCGCCGCGGGACAAACGGACAGUUCUUCGAACGGUCCAACGAUAGAGGAAGUGGACUGAAUGUAUAUCCUCGGUCGAUAAUGCCACGUACCGUCGGUGCUUCGAUAUAAAAUUUUCGCGCGAAUUCAAAAUUUAUAAUCGCAACUCUGUAUCGAAUAAACAAUUUCACUUGCGGAUUCAUUAACUUAACACUUACAACUGGAACAGUUUGCAUGGUCGUGUUAUAAAAUAAACGGCUCACGUCAAUUUCCAACGUAUUAUUUAUUGCAAGCGAGUUUGAGAAAGAUAGUUAUCGUAAUGAUUUCGUAAUAUAUUCGAAAUAUGCGAUAAUAUUGUCAGACUAACACAACGACCUAGCGUCGCCGAUUACGUGUAUGUGACGCGCGUAUCAGUGUGUAUGCAGCGUGUAAACUGUAUCAUCAAACGAUUUUUUCUCGCAUCACGUUAAAAACUAAUGUUGUUUAUGCUUGUAAAGAAUAUUUACACAAAAGAUGAAAAGGGGGGACACUAUUAAAUAUUCAAUGAACUUAGCGUACAAGUAAGUAUAUCCUACGCAGUAAUGGAACGUUUUUUCUCGUAAAAAAUAGAUUAUGCAAAGCACCAUGGUUUCUUCUUCGUCGUCUUCAUCGUCAACGUCUUCCUUUUUUCUUCUUUUAUUCUUUUUCAUUUCCUUUUUUUCCUUCUUCUUCGUCUUCUUCCUCUUUUUUUCUUUUUUAAUCUUUGAAUCAACUCGAUUUCUUAUAUACAAUUUACCGUGUCGUAGUCGCGAGCCACCACGAUGAAUCGCGACGCUGUAACGCACAAAAUGUGGCUAGUUUUCGGUCGGUCGGAUAGAUUACAAAUAUCACCGCCGUGUCAGCGCGAUAUCUUGCGAGCAAUCGAGAAACAAACGAGGAACAGAAACUGACUAUAAUGUUGUCGCAAAAUUUUAUGCCCUGUGCUCAGUCUUUCACGUGCGCUUACAAUUUCGCUUUUUGCUCGUCCUUCUCGUUCCGCGCGAAACGAUUCGAUCGACUGCUGAUCACUUUCUAAUUUACGAUCUUUUUCCAAUUUGUUCGACGACGUUACAUUAAUCCGCGCUAGGUUCUUUUUUCCAUCGAGCGGAGUUCCGCGAUACUCGAUCGUUAGAAAUUGAGGCAACAGUUACAACAGUCGUUGGUAGAUUUAAUGAUCCGAAAGUAUUACAGACGAUUUUUAUUCGACCUUAAUCUCGAUUUUCACUGUACUAUUGUCAGAUAUUUCAGCAUAUGCUCAUUUACUUCAACUUCGGACGUGAUCAAUCACACGGCGAAUCUUUCGUUGGAACGAGCAACAGGAGACAGAUUCCAUCUCGAGAUCUUUGAGUCUAACAGUAAAUAUCUCAUUACCGAGCUCAAAAAACCGGAGGAUCCUUUACGUCGGAUUCUCCGCCGCGUCUUCUUCGUUCUCGGAUUCGUCGAAACGAAGAAGGCUAGGAGCGUACGCAAGAACGGAGUAGGUUAAAAGGAAGGAUAAGAAAAAAAAAGGGGUUGGCAAGGCGGGAGGAGGGGCGACGAAUAGCUUCUGGAGAACGACCGAGGCAUAAAAUUUUUCGCAAGACCACCAUGGAGGCUCGAAAUCAUUCACACUUUUGACACGUUCGCUUUCGAGAGUCCUUGGUACGGUCGUACGGAAGUAAGUAAAAUCACAAGCGUCAUAGAGGCUCCCGAGAGUCUCUGGGGUUAGAACAAAAACAUAAAAAAUAGUAAUCGUUGUAUACGUGAGCAUGUAUAUAGUAUGUAGAAUGAUCGUGAAUGCAUACUUUGCGCACGUUCGCGCACCUGUGUCAUUGCGUAAACUUUCCUCUGUGUUGAUCUGUAUAUGUGAAUGUAUGUGUGUGUGUGUGUGUGUGUUUGCGUUUCCUACAAUGUAACAUCACUUAAACGCUAGGUUGUUUCAUCUUUUAUAAUUAUAUACACGUUACAACGUCGCUUGGUUUGCCUGUAUUGUUCGGAUAUAGUUAUAUGUGUCUGACGAGCACGUGAUUCCUUACCCUUUAUAUCACAUAUCGUAUAUAAGAAGGCACCAGAAGUAAUUCUAGGUCGAGAAUGUUUCCGUGGCUUGGUCGCCGCUGACGUUAUAUAUAACCAGACAAUGGAAAGGUCCGGAAACUGUACACUGUGUUUGCUUUCAGUGGCGUUCAUCCAAGCUUUACCAUGAACGGAACAUGUCUAGACGUGUUAUAGAGCGACCCGCUCUUCGAGCUUCUCUUUCCUUUGACAUACUCUGUAACUCUAUCACCGAGAAAUAACGUAUAAUUGCAAUAUAUUAAAAUUUCCCAAUAUAUCCGUGUACACAAA